AAAACCAGGAGUUGGAAAUGAGUUUCGUUUUCUCCGUCUAGUGUACUUGGACUUGAUAGAACAAAGAACAAAACUGAGGCUGGUCCGACAGAAAUGGUCUGUGCAAUCAAGCCGACAGUUGCCUGAAAUUAAGCAAGCCAAAGGCGACAGUGAAUGGACAAAGAAACCCUCCAUAAUGAAAUUGAAGAUAUGGAGGACCAAGAGGACAAUGGAGAAGGAGACAAACUAGAUGCAAAACCUGACCGUAGAUCGAGAUUUUUGCUUUUUGGCAGUAAGAAGAAGGAUGGCAAGUUGCAGGAAAAAGAGCAGUCUUCUGAAAGCCAUUACAGGAUUGUUUCACCAACAUUCCAGUAUAAGAUGAGCCACCGGCGCGUUGGCAAGUGCAUCAUCAUCAACAACAAGAACUUUGAUGAAAAGACAGGGAUGAAUAUACGCAAUGGCACAGAUCGUGAUGCUGGAGAGCUGUUUAAGUGCUUUACAAACUUGGGCUUUGAAGUUAACAUCUACAAUGAUCAGACCUGCAUGAACAUGGAGAGGCUACUUAAAAAAGUCUCAGAAGAGGACCACACUGACAGCUCCUGCUUCGCCUGCAUCUUGCUGAGCCACGGUGAGGAAGGCAUGAUUUACGGCACAGAUGGAGCCAUACCCAUCAAGAGCAUGACCUCGCUCUUCAAAGGAGACAUGUGCAAGAGCCUCGUGGGCAAGCCCAAGCUCUUUUUCAUCCAGGCUUGUCGGGGUUCAGAGUUUGAUGAUGGUGUGCAGACAGACUCAGGAACGCCCAAUGAUACGAUAGAGACAGAUGCCAAUCCAGGACACAAGAUUCCGGUAGAGGCGGACUUCCUGUUUGCUUAUUCAACUGUGCCAGGUUACUACUCCUGGAGGAACCCAGGCCGAGGCUCCUGGUUUGUCCAGGCUCUCUGUAACGUUCUUGAUGAGUUUGGCAAGCAACUUGAGAUCAUGCAGAUUCUCACACGGGUCAACUACAUGGUGGCCACCAACUUCGAGUCCUGGUCAGAGGACCCCCGUUUUAGUGAGAAGAAACAGAUACCUUGUGUAGUGUCCAUGUUGACUAAAGAGCUCUACUUCAACUGAUCUGAGUAGACCAUCAUUACAUGCUGUGUCUUUUCUCAGCGCACACAUUUUCUUGCCAAGAAUGUUAUAGUAGCACACUUUUGUUAUCUUUUAACAUUAACCAAAUUGUUAACAUUUUUGUCAAUGAGGGAAACCUCAGUCUAAUACUUGAGCAAAAUAUUUUUACAUAAAUGUAGGCAGAAUUUUUAAGUGGUGCACAUUUCAGGAUGGCAGACAGGAAAGACACACCAGGUGUUCAAAGACUGACCACUGACUGACCAACGACUGAUUUCACUCAACCAAGCCGUCACAACAUUCAGGGAGGAUCCCAGCUGGAAGCUGUGAAAAGCAUUUUUUUACGUUAUGCCGGACAUACGAACACUGAAAGGUCUUCCUUUGUCCCACUGCCAGUUCAAGUUCACUACCUUUUCAGAGAAUGUUCUCAGAGUAUUCCAGGGAAUAGUGAUGUCACAUAUGAUUUGAUCCUUGUGCAGUGUCAAAUAUCCAUGUCGCUUUGCCAACUUUGAAAG